AUGGGAGCAGUAGCCAUUCGACCCUCCCCCUGCAGGACAGCACCUCCCCAGAUUUGUAUGCAAAGGCAUUAUAUGAAAAGGACUGAGGGAUCCGGAGAAGGUCUGGCUGCCUCAGAAACCCCUGGCAAGAGGAGAGGUGAAAACAAGGCAUUGCCAUUUCAAUCUUUAGCCGUCUCUGUAUCCCUCGAAGGUUACAAAACGCCUCAGAAAAGCAGCUUCUCAGUUCUCCAGACGCAUAUCGUUCGACUGAACAAACCGGAUGGCCUGGACGAGACUAGCCGACAUGCAGCAGAAUUUGGCUCCUACCAAUUGAACCCAGUGCGUCUUCAGGGUCUCGAGCUCGGCUUAACAGCCAGCGAAAGAGGAAUACAUCAUGACUACUUACCAUACCACGUCAACAUGCACAUACACACGACUACAUCCGCCCCAGAUUCACCAGGAUCAGCCUCUCUGCCGCCUUGUAGCCGCAAACUUUCCAUCGAAAUCAGUCCAAACGCAUAA